GGAGACGCUGUUCACUCCCUAUUGCCCGCAAUCAGCAGACAAGAAGGAGAUCUACUCGCUUUUCUCAGGUAUCGGCAUUCUACUCUACUGGGCGCUGCUCAUGGACUUCACGAUUUUCUCGAUGCGAAUUUCCGCCUUUGUGCUGGUGUGUGGACGCAUCCUUGUCGAGGUCGGACUAUUCCUGAUGGCCCUGACAUUCUUCAUCCUAGCCUUUGCGACGUCAAUCAGCGCGUUGAGACAUCAGCUGGAUGACUUUUCAG